AUGGCGGUAAACAUGAUAAAGAUUCUCCGAGUCAGCUACUCCACGGACUCGUCACUUGACUCUCUCAACUCGCUCAGUCUCACACUUACUUUCUUUGACUUACCAUGGAUAAACUUUCCCCCGAUUCAACGAGUCAUCUUCUAUAGACUCCUCCAGUUAUCAACCGAGUCCUUCCACUCUCUGAUCAUCCCGAAACUUGAGCGUUCUCUCUCCCUCGUCCUCCACCGCUACUCUCCUCUCGCUGGCCGCCUUACGUGGGACCCAAAACAUCCAAAGCCUUGCAUCCUCGUCCGCCAUGACGACUCAGUCUCGCUUACUGUGGCAGAGACCGACGAAGAUUUCUCUCGUGUUUCCGGAGAUGGACUACGUCCGGCCGCCGAGCUACGUUCCUUUGUUCCUGAAUUGGAAGCCACAGAUGAUUCAGUGUCCGUGCUUUCCUUGCAGGUUACGUUGUUUCCGAACCAAGGGUUCUGCAUCGGGAUCACAUCACACCAUGCUGUUGUCGACGGGAAAGCAACCGCCUUGUUUAUAAAAUCAUGGGCUUACAUAUGUCGAUUACAAGAAGAAGAAGCUAUGCGUUUUCCUCAUCUACCGGAGGGUCUAACUCCUCUGUUUGAUCGUACGGUCAUCAAUGUUCCGACCAGGCUGGAGGCAAAGAUCUUGGAACUUUCCUUGAGGAAAGGGAAGACCAUGAAGAACAUAGAGCCAAGUGAGAUCGAUGCUGACACCGUCCGUGUCACGCUUGAGCUAACUCAAGAGAACAUACAAAAACUCAAGGAGCGAGUCAAGAACGAGUCAUCUCGUCCGCUCGAGCUGCAAUUGUCAACGUUUGUCAUCGCCUUUGCUUACGCAUGGACUUGCGUGAUGAAGGCGUGUGGAGGCGAUGCAAACAGACCGGUCGGUUUGUUGGUCCCAGCAGACUUCAGGCACCGGUUAAACCCGCAAGUUCCGGAAACUUACUUUGGGAACUGCUUGUUUCCAAUAUAUUCGUUCGGAUAUGAAGCGAAGGAAUUCACCGAAGAAGAUGGUUUUGUCACGGCUGUCGAGAUCUUAAGUCAUUCAGUAAAAAGUUUGGGUUCGCAAGAGAUAGAGUCACACUGCAUGAACUAUGUGGAGGGACUGAAGAAAUUCAGACCGGGUGCACAAAUUGGAGCAGUCGCAGGGUCACCCCGGUUAGGGAUAUAUGGAGUAAAUUUCGGGUGGGGCAGACCGGCUAAGACUGAGGUUGUGGUCACUGACCGAACCAGGGGAUUAUUCUCUUUGUCGGAAAGGAAGGAUGGUCAACAUGGUGUGGAGAUGGGAUUGUGCUUGAAGAAGAGUGUGAUGAUCAUCUUUCUUUCUUUAUUUAAAAAUGGCCUCUGCUAA